AUGGCAUCGCCAAGAUGGAAGAAGCUAUAUGAAUACGCAGCAUGCGACCUCGCCGAUGGCCUACUGAAGCUACACGUACCAGGCGCGGGCUUCCUCGCUGAUAUCACCAGCGUUCCCAAGCCUGAACUGAAGAAGGUCCUCGCGCCUGCAUCGACCUUCCUUAUGAUUCCGAAAGCGACCAAGUCGUUCCCGAGCCCUCCCAAAAUGGCGGAUAGCAUUCCAGCUUCCAACCUUACCGACUCCAGGCCGUACGCAGAUUAUACCGAGAGCGGCACCAUUGUAGUCAUCAGCCAGCCUCCAGGGCAGUCGUGCGCAGUCGUCGGAGGGAUUAUGGCAGCUCGCAUGCAGCAUCUCGGUGCAGAGGGUAUCGUGGUCGACGGUCGCGUGCGGGACAUUACUGCGCUGAAUCAGACGCAGCUGCCCAUCUGGUCCAAAGCGACGUCUGUCAUCGGUGCGGGAGCCGAGACCAAGUUUCAUGCACACAAUGUACCCGUGAGGAUUGGCGAGACGGUGGUCGAAGCCGGCGAUAUCAUCAUGAUUGACCCUUUCGAAAAUGGUGUGGUCGCGGUGCCACAGGGCAAGGUAGACGAACUGCUCGAUCUACUACCGAAGCUGAUCGAGGCGGACGAGAGGGUGAUUGCGGACGUGGGGAGAGGAGUCAGCGUGGAGGAGGCGUUCAAGAGACAUAGGAAUUAG